AAAAAAUAUGUAGAAUCCCAUGUUAGAAGAUCUAAAAAACAUAAUGAAAGAAGGUUGGCUUGAAAAAGAAUCCAGAGUAUUUAAAUCAUGGAGAAAGUAUUAUUUCUCUUUUAUCUUAGACGAUGGUUUGUAUUAACGACUACCUCUUUGUAUUCAUUUAAGGCAGAAAAAUAAUAUUCAAAUCCUACAGAAAUAAUUUAAUUAUCAUAAGUUAGUUCUAUAAAAAGCUGCUAAGAAGAAACUAAUAAGGAAAAUACAUUCGUAAAUAUUGAUUACUCUAUACAUUAAGAAAAUUGAUACUCCUGAUUAAACAUUUUUCUUAUAAGCAGACAAUAAUAAAGAUAAAGAAGGAUGGAUUGGAGCAGUUGGCAAAGCUCUUGUUAAAUUAAAUAUGAAAAAAAACAGAAAUGAUGAUGAUGAUUGAUAAUUUUAUCUAAAAUUUUAUAGA